AUUUUACUCACACAAUUACAACAAAAAUUAAUGAAAACAAAAAUUUGUGCAACAUGAAAUCUUUCUGUUUUCUUAAAGAUUGCGACAAUUUUAAUGGAGAUUUUGAUUGUAUAUUACAUUAUUCAAAGAUCGUUAAUGAAGCCCAACAAAAGAUUAUUACGCAUUACAAUGCAAUGAGAUCCAGAAUGGAGGAAGUUUUGAACGACAAUGUCAAUUAUGAGGAAACUGCCAAAAAGAAAUGUAAGAAUCAAUUUGAUGCACUUUAUGGUCUAAUUAAAAAUCGUGUUGAAGGUAUAGGCGGCUCAGAAAGUCCAUCAUCAAGUCUAGGAAGCAGGAAUAGUUCCCAAAAAACUGUAAAGAGAGCUUCAGGAGGUGGUAAAGAAAAUUCACCAACAAAAAAGACGAGAUUAAAAAGCAGCAGAUCAAGUAAAGAAUUAUUUAAGGAUAUCAGCAUUGACUCCAGGCCACCUAAAGAGAAACGUACGAAACAAACAAAGUUGCCAUUUUUUACUACUUCAUCUGCUAAAAAGCGAUGUUCGCAUGACGUGUUAAACGAUGAUGAUGACAUGACUUAUUGUGAAGAAAUAGAGCGAGGCUUUAUAAAUCCUAAUGCAGUUUUAGCAAAUAAGUCUGCACAGGAUACUCCUGAUAUUUUUAAUUUUGGGACACUCGAGAACUUUCAUAAUAGAAAGUCCAAAGAAAAGGUAUCAACUGCUGUUGAGAAUUCAAAGGAACUGACUCCACAAAAGGUUCUUGGAAUCAAAAUUAAAACUGAGAAAAAGGAUGAUAAAAGUUUUACAACACCUUUAUCCCCUGACUUAUUUCUAUCUGAUUUAAGUAAUAGCAAUAAUAGUGUUAUUUUUAUUGAACCACCGGAAAAGGAAGUCAUUUCCAUUUCUGACCGCACAUAUAAUCCCUCGCGUGACUUAUUACAGGAAAUUCAAAAAGAAAUUAAACAAUCGCGUAAUAAAUUAUACGAAGACUCUGAUCCUAUUCCAACACCGCCAAAAGUGCCGGUUGAGGAACGUGAUGCAUAUGCAAAUGAAUGUAUGGAUUGUCAGAUUUUCUACGACAACAUAGUUGAGAAGAAAAGCCUGUCUGAAGCUAAUACUGAAAUAAACAAUUGUCCAAUUGAAUGUGAUGGAUGGAAGGCACGAUGUAGGAAGCUUCGGAAGGACAAUAAGUCACGCAAAAAUGGAAUGGUUAUUAUCAAGUGUAAUAGUAAAUUUGCCAGGCGCAGAAAGGAGGAUACAGUCAAUGAGACAGCACCAGGAUUUUGGGAUUUAGAAGUUGAGCCUCGUAAAAGCAAGCCGCUGUUUAGAAAACAAAAAAAUGAAAACUACGAGACGCCUGACCUCUGAAACAUAAUAGCUUUAAAGUACUUUCAAGUUCAAGUUUCACUUUUACGUAAUGCGCGCAUUUAAAAAGUCGUUUUGUUGCUUGUUAUUUUCUAAAAAUAAUUUUUUUCCUCUCUUUUCCCAAGUUUCUUUGCUUUUAUAACAGCACACAAACAGCAAACUUUUAAAGUCCAGUCAAAAAAUGCGAAAAAAACGAAAACAAAAAGAAUUUUGUGAUAAAAAUUUGUUUUCUUCUUUGUUUCUCUUAUACGACUAAUUUAAUUGGCCGCACGAGAAGUCCUAAUUAGGUUUUUCUUUAAAAAAUUACUGGAUAACAAAAAGCUUGAUUCUUAAGAAAAGAAAUAAGUCUAUAAAAUUCACCAUGCAAUGCGAGCUAUUCGAGCUUUUUCUCAAUGUCUUGUCUUUCUGGCUUAUCGAUAAAUUCAAUUUCAUCGCCCACUGAUUCGACUUCCAAUUCGUCGUUCUGUUCUUGCUCCUCUGACUCCACAAUUUGUUUGGGUUCAGUUUCUGUGACAUUUUGUAAUUUCCGCUUUG